AGAAACUGUAUUGGCCACGCUUUUGCCCUUGGUGAGAUUAAAACGGCUAUUGCGAUGAUCCUUCGAAAGUAAGUCAAAAAACUAAAACAACUGUAGUUUGAUGAUAACGAGGCGAAUCAACUCUCAUUUUUACAGGGUUAGUUUCUAUCUCAAGUUAUUAUAUGCAGAGUCCCUUUCGCAGGCAACUCGCGUUGAACUUGUUUUCGCUGAGCCACUUGAUUAUAAGUGUUCCAUACAUUGAUUCAAUGUGUUUUUGUGUUCCUCAACAUGAGCGCUGACCUCGUCCCCGGGAAUGCUCGUCUUUGGAGAACGAGAAGACUCUGGGGACAAUUUUACAUUAGCCUCCGCUGCAGGCUAGUUCAAGUUCACUACAAAUACUUAAGCGGCCUACGGCUAGGGGGCAUGUACUCACGUGACUAGGGGCUCUAUUUCAUUGGAAGAGAAGAGAGUGUUUACAUGAGAAAAGAGUUGAACUUGCACAGGAUUAUUGUAACACCGUAUUGAUACACCAGUAGGCAGGCCUUUCUGAGGGUGGUGGGGGUGAAUAGACCAAUAUAAAAAGGCUUUAUAAUUGCUGCAAAGUGAUAACUUGGUUGCCUUCUUACAUGUUUGAUUUAAGCGUAGCCCCACAGAACAUUGUAUCAAAUGAAGAUCUCCAAUCUCACCUGAUUCUUAAAGCGAGGAAUGGCAUCGUGGUCAAUAUUUCACCGAGAUCCACUCCUUAG